GACACACUUCUCAAGGCUUUUCGUGGAGAUGAGAUUGAACUACUUACUGUUAUGAACAAUAGAUAAGCUAGCAAGUCCAAGCCAAAGAAGUUCUGCUUUAAACAAGCAUGCGUAUAACGACAACCAUCGAGAACAGAAAUGCUACUGGUCACAAAAGUUUUUUAUCUUGAAAAAAGGAGAUAGACUGCUCAAAUUUGGAAAGUUUUUGAAAUAUUUUCACAAUAUAUUAACACAUACAGCUACGCAUUUUCCGGUUUUGGUUCGUUUCAAAGCGACAACAGCACAAAUGUUGGGCCUUAAACAAACGGUUGACCUUCCUUAAAUGAGAUCCCUUUCUGAUAAUGAAUGCGUAUCAUUUUUAAUCCCAUCUUUCAUUUGCUGUUCUUCAAAAUGUGAUUUAAUCUAUCUUAUCCUUCCCUUGAGUGAGAAAAUGACAUAGCAUGUUUGUCAGCACACUUACUGCGCAUGCUCAAAAGACGCAAGUUUAUAUAUUUAACUAAAGAUUGUGAUUAAUGCACUUCGGAUUUAUGCUUAUGAUACCAAUGCAUAUUUUUAGCUACACUGAACAUUCAAGAUCAUAAAGACAGUUGCUUAACUAAAUAGCACGAGUUUUGGCCAUCACCGAAGUACUUGGAAACCGAUGGGAAGUUAACUGCAGAACAAACAUUUACUUCUCACUCCAAAAGGUCCAUUUUUUCAAAUCCUAGUCCACACAACUAGUUUUCAAAGUUCUACUGUAUAUAGGAUGAAUUUAUAAACAAAUGAAAAAUUCAUUGCUGAAAAAAUAAUCAAUCUUCACUCCAAACAGUUCCUUUAAUGAUUGGAACUAAGAAAAUAUUUGUUUGUGAUAAUUUUCUUUAUUUAAAAAAGUAAGAUCUAUUAUCCUGGAUUUGGUCAUAUGCAUCAUUCAUUUCUAAAUAAUUGCAGAGAGAUUUCUCGCCAUAGAGACCGUAAUUUGAGCAUAUAUAAAGGAUAAAAACAAUUUUAGCUUUAGAAGAAGGCAGUGAUAGACAUGAUCACAUGCAUAGAAGAGGGCAUGAUAUAUGCUAAUAUGGCACUUCAAAGAGACUUGAAACGUAUGCAGCUAUAAGAAAAACAUAGAAACAACGCCAAAUACAUGGAUAGCACAUUGUGCAACAUUUUUCCUGCCCACUUUCAUACACUCGAUAAUUCAAUAUAUGUGAUGCAUUGCUGAAUCAAGAUGAAUUGUACAGCUUUGCCGCGUGUAGCUGCAAUGAAAUCAGAGACUAUUUAUUCGUUGUGUGUUGUGAAUACAUUUACAGCAUUAGCAAGUGUCUGGAUCAACUUCUGUUUUUUGUGAGGUCCCUGUCUAUGAGUGACUUUCUUGUAGGCCUUAUUACGCAGCCACUUUUAAUUGGGCAUAUGCUUCUCAGUGCGGGUGGAAUAGAGAGCUGCGUGGUAGAAAACCUAACUGCAAUGACACUUUCUGCAUUUUGCGCAGCAUCAGGUCUCUGCCUCCCGCUCAUAAGUUUGGACCGGUAUAUUCGCAUGAAAAGCCUUUACUUCUAUACAAGCAUAGUAAAAAAGAAGCGUGUUAUUUUUGCACUACUUUUUACCUGGAUCGUUGCUUUUAUCAUUGCAUCUUUGCCUAUUUUCGUUGUAUCAAAGGCUGUUUUUUACAGCAUCCUCAUUGCAUGCUGGAUAGCAGUGACUAUCAUAAUGAUCAACGCAUAUUUCUCAGUCAUCCGCAAUUCUCGAAGAAAAGUUGGCCUGGUAAACAAAAGAGCAACAAUUCAAGAAACCUCCGGUAGCGCUGCAUCCACCUCAAUUUCAAAGGACAAAGCAAAGAUGUUGACUGAAGAUGCAAGACAAUUGAAACUCACUGUAACUGUUUCAAUCAUAGUUGCUGUUGUUGUGAUUGCCUGGCUGCCAACUUUUAUUGUGUUUCUUUUAUGGGCAAUAGGGAUACCCGCAUCGAACAGGAAUGAAACAAUAGUCUCUUUAAGCUAUGCUUUUUGCACAUUCAGUCUCGCGGCAUCAACUGUAAAUCCUUUAUUAUACGGUUGGCGAAUAAAAAAACUGAGAAGAGCUGCAUUUGAAUUUUUCCUGAAACUGAUACGCUGUAAUAGGCCCAAUUAAAGCUCGAUCAGAUUGCAGGCAGCAAAUCGUAAAAAUUAAAUUACCGAGGUCAAACAACCAAGAAGCAACCUAAUGCGGAAAAAAACAUUACAUUACACAACGCCAUACCAUACCAUACCAUACCAUACCAUGCCAUACCAUGCCAUACCAUGCCA